AUUCAGUUACGGGAGUUUGGAACACUAAAGAACACAUUUCACUUAUGAUAAAAGGAGCACAAGUUAUGAAAAUUAUGCCGGAUUCGUACACUUUGAAUGUUGAUUGGAUACCAGUUGAUAUGGCUUCUCAAAGCAUCGUUGAUAUUUCUUUGAAUGCACCUUUUGACGACGAGAUUGAUUAUGUCCGAGUUAAUCAUAUACUUAAUCCAAAGAGAAUUACAUGGAAUGAAUUCUUAAAAUUCUUAAAUAAAAGUGGAAUAGAUUUCAAAAUUGUUUCGAAUAAAGAAUGGUUAAAUACAUUAUUAAAAACACCCGAAUAUCAAAAUGUGGAUAAAAACCCAGUAACAGCAUUAUCGGGAUUUUUUGAAAAAACUAUAAGCGAAUCAUCAAAUAGAAGUGAAGAACCAUUAUUUGAAACCCAUAAAUCAGUAGAUCGUAGUUUGGCACUUUCCAAUUGUCAAAAAAUUGAUAACAUUAGAACAUUAAAAAUUCAUGUGAUUUUAUAUCAGGACUAUGAAGCUUAUCAACAUCAAGUAUCAACUAGACCAAAAGAUAAAGUUCUUUUGAUCCCCAACGGUACAAAAUAUGAAGCAAUUAGUCUUCAAGAUUUGGAUAUUAUUAUCAAUAAAUACGUAAAUUAUUGGAAUAAACAUUUGAUGAAUGAAAAUCUGAAUAAAAAUAGCGUGAUUGGCUAUUUGGCACAAAGUAAUCCUGAAUACUUGUUUAACUUUAUGGCCUUAUGGAAAUUAGGCUUUCAAAUCUUAUUCCUUAGUCCUCGAAAUUCCGAAUCUGCUUUGAUUAAUUUACUUCAAGAAACUAAAUCGCGUAUACUUAUUUACGAUCCUCAACUUUCAAAAAUUUCACUGAAUGUGCAAAAUGAAAUCAAUUCUCAACGUCCACAAUUGCUCAACAUUUUUCAACAUCCUAAUAAUUUAAAAAAUGAUGCAAUUGACUAUUUCGCCCCUGAUCCAAAAUUAGAUGAAAAUCCUUAUGAAAAAAUUAUUGCUAUUUUUCAUAGUUCCGGUUCAACCUCAUUUCCUAAAUUAGUUCCUCUCUCCAAUCGUUAUUUAUUAAAUGCAGUCAAAUCAAAUCAUACUCAUGAGAUAGUUUUAUCAAUCGCUCCAUUAUUUCAUAUUUAUGGAUUCAUUCGUGCAUUAAAAUGUAUUUUAAGUCCUGGUUCGAUAUACGCAUUUCCAAUUGUUGCAGGUUCAAUCCCUUUAGCUAAUGAAAUUUUAUAUAGUUUAAAACAAUCUAAUGCUAGAAUUCUACAUACUUUACCUGCUACUCUUGAACAAAUUUAUAAAUAUUAUCCAGAGGAAAUUAAAACAUUAUUAAAUUUAAAAUCCAUAUUUUAUUCUGGUGCUGCAUUGUUUCCUCAAGUAGGCGAACAACUUGUUCAGUCUGGCGUCAAACUUCGAAAUUCUUAUGGUGCCACCGAAAUAGGUAAUCUUAUGUUGACUCCUGAAAAUUUAUCACCUGAUAUUCCAUGGAAUGCAAUGGAAUUAAUAGUUCCUGAAAGUAAUAUAGAAUGGAUAGAAAGAAAUGAUAUCCUUGAUGGUGCAAAAGAAUUAGUUAUAAAAAAAAGUUCUUCAAUUCUCGCAAAUAUUGAAGGAAAUACUGAUAAUGGUGAUUAUAGAGUAGGUGACCUUUUUAUUGAAGCUAAAAAAG